AUGGAAAUACCUACAUUUAUGAUUAUUCCCAUUGUUGUUAUUAAAACACAAAACUGGGGCUCCAGCAGGCAGCCUCGUAGCCCCAGGAUCUCUGAGCUGCUGGCCUACUUCAGCAUCCGGGAGGAUGAGGAGCCCAGCCCAGUGUCCGGUAUCGCGUUGGAGGCGGCUUGGCCCUCGCGACGCUCCGUCAUCGGUCUGUUGCCCCGGCAACAAGCGGCGAAACCGCCGGAGUUGGUGCUUGGCGGCCCCGGAAGCGUGGCCGCGGGACCUGUCGGGCUUGGUUGGGGCAUGCGGGAGCUCGGUGGGGGCAGUCUUCGGGAACUCCGGGGCGCGGAGAAACGUGAGUCGGGCAUUGGGCUCGGCCGGAGCCGGCGUGGGGGCCCGAACGCGCGGAGCCCGGCCGCCGUGGCCCGGUGUUGGCGGGAACCGCGGCGGGCGCCGGGGGACCGGCCGUCGAGUCCUCCCUGUUCCCUGCGCAUUCUGGGUCCCUUUGCUCUGCAAAGCUGGGACCAGAACAGCCGCUACUUCAAGAUGUCUGAUAUCUGUAGCUCCAAACAGGCGGAGUGGAGCUCCCAGACGUCCUACCAGCGAAGCAUGCAUGCCUAUCAGCGUGAGAAGCUGAAGGAGGAGAAGCGGAAGCAGCUGGAAGCCAGGCGGGAGAGACUGAGGCAGCUGCUGCUGGAGGAGCAGGCCCUGCUGGCCAGACAACUGGAGGAGCUAAGGCUAAACAUGGACGCGCGGGAAGGCAGACUCCGAGAGCGGCAUGGCGAUCUCAAGUCGGCCCGAGAAGAGCAAAGGAAACUGAUUGCCGAACAGCUUCUGUAUGAACACUGGAAGAAGAACAACCCCAAACUUCGAGAGAUUGAAUCAGCCCUUCACAAGGAGCACGUGAUAAACUCUUGGAAAAUGCAGAAAGAAGAAAAAAAACAGCAAGAAGCCACCCAAGAGGAAGAGAACAAACGGUAUGAAAAUGAAUAUGAAAGGGCCCGAAGGGAAGCACUGGAGCGGAUGAAAGCAGAAGAGGAGAAGAGGCGGUUGGAGGGCAAACUCCAGGCUGAGGCGCUGCUCCAGCAGGUGGAGGAGCUGAAGCUGAAGGAGUUGGAGGCCACCAAACUGAAGAAGGAGCAGGAGAAUCUGCUGAAGCAGCGGUGGGAGCUGGAGAGGCUGGAGGAAGAGAGGAAGCAGAUGGCAGCCUUCCGGCAGAAGGCAGAGCUGGGACGUUUUUUGAGACAUCAGUAUAAUGUGCAACUCAAUAGGCGUGCACAGCAGAUCCAAGAGGAACUGCACCUGGCCAGACGGGAGCAGGCCGUGGCCGAUGCGGCGUGGAUGAAGCAGGCCAUCGAGGAGCAGCUGCAGCUGGAGAGGGAGCGGGAGGCAGAGCUGCAGCUGCUGUUGAGGGAAGAGGCCAAGGAAAUGUGGGAAAAGAGAGAGGCGGAGUGGGCCCGGGAGAGGAGCGCACGAGACAGACUGAUGAGCGAGGUUCUGACCGGGAGACAACAACAAAUACAAGCAAAGCUUGAACAAAACCGACGGGCACAAGAGGAAUCCCUGAGACGCCGGGAGCAACUUAUUCGAAAUCUUGAGGAGGUCAGAGAGUCAGCUCGUCGUGAGAAAGAGGAGAGCAAAGAACUGAAAUCGGCCAGGAAACAGGAGCUGGAGGCCCAGGUUGCAGAGCGCCAGCUGCGGGUAUGGGAAGAGGACCAGCAGGAGGAAGAGGAGGAAGAGGAGGCCAGGCAGGCAGAGCAGUUCACUGACGCCUUACUGCAGCAGGAGGUGAAGACGAUGGCCAAGCAGGGCUCCUGGCCCAAGCCCUACGGACAUCCCAGAAUUGCUUGGAACUGA